AUGUCGACUGUGAUGGAGGCGGCGGUGAGCUCAGAUGGGAUGAGCUUGGCUAUGGCAGAUAUCGAUUGUGAUGGAGGCGGUGGUGAGCGAGCUAUUUUUGCUCUAAACGGCAUUGUGCAUCAAUAUGAUUUGUUUUUUAGGGUGUGUUGUAUCAAAUCUGAGGAGAGUUGUUUGAAGACAAACAUUAAUAUGGAAAUGUCCGCGGGUGACAUUAGUUGGAAACCUAAGUUUGGAAUGGAGUUUGAAACUCAAGAAAAAGCUUAUGAGUUUUAUAAUGAGUAUGGGCGCAGGACUGGGUUUAGUGUUAGAAAAGAAAACUGUAAUAAAAAUCUGAUUACCGGUGAACUUACUUCAAGGUUAUGUGUUUGUUGCAAGGAAGGUUUUCGAGGUAAAGAUAAGCGGGACUACUUGACGAAGAACCCAAGAGCUGAGACUAGGACUGGUUGUGGUGCCCAAAUGAAUAUCAAAUUGAAUAGAGGCAGUAAUAAGUAUUGGAUGAUUCUGGAAUAUGAAUUGUUAGGAAGGCAUGUUGGUGGAAAGGAGUGUCUUGGGUUCACUAAGCUAGACCAAAAAAAUUAUCUACGGUAUAAAAGACAACGAAAUCUAGCAGUCGGGGAGGCGGGAAGCUUGUUAAGAUAUUUCCAACAACACUUGUUGGAAAAUCCUUCAUUCUUUCACGCUGUGCAACUGGAUAAUGAGGAGCAAAUAACAAAUAUUUUUUUGGCAGAUGCAAAACUGAUUAUUGAUUAUGGUCAAUUUGGAGAUGUCGUGAUUUUUGAUACUACAUACAAAGUCAAUAAAGCUAAUCGACCAUUUGCAGUUUUUGUUGGAUUUAAUCAUCAUCGAGAAACCAUUAUAUUUGGAGCUGCAUUGAUGUAUGAUGAGACUGCCGAUUCUUUCAUUUGGUUAUUUGAAACUUUUUUGGAGGCAAUGUCAAAGAAAAAUCCGAAAACCAUUUUCACUGAUUAA